GAGCAGUAUGCUUCAGCCUCAGGGAAGUUGGUCAGGAUGGGCAAGGACAAAAACGCCCUGAAUAACGAGUUCGAGAGGGGGCUGGAGAAGGGACAUCAGGGCGAGUACGUGCGAAGCGUGGAAGCUAAGUGGGCUGAUAAGGACCUGAAUUGGGACAGAGUCAUGAAGUCGAUGGACGAGAAGGCUUUCGCGGACGAGUGCUACGAUGUGAGGCUGGAACCUGUGGCCACUGACCUUGGCGUCGAUCGAGGUGCGGCUGCCCUGAAGGAUCUUCAUCGGUGCGUGUCUGCCGGCCGGCGCGGAGUCGGGGCGGUGACUCCGCGGUCUCGCAAGGAGAUCGGCCUCGCGAAGGAGGUCAGGUCGGGCAAGGGGAACGACUCUGGCAAAGGGUGCGAAGACUUUAUUCGCCAAUUGUGCCGUGCCGAGUUCGACUCUAUCAAAGACAACUUUGGCGACGCCAUCGCCAAGACUGCCGCCGAGAGCAACGGGCCCCUGCUCGCCGCCGUGGAGAACCUCAGGGCCCUGGUUCAGACCAACGCCGAGAACCUCGAAGCCCAGCUCGACCAGCAGAAGGGCAUCGUCGAUGCCCACGCCGCCAGCCUCUCCAAGCACGAUCAGGACCUCGCGGACAUCCGCCGCGAGAUGGCGGAGCUCAGGCGUGAGCUGGUCCUCGCCGAAUCCCGCCCUCGCCCCCAACCCCAAGUUCCUGCUGGCUUCAAUCGUGACAUCGACCCGUCCAUGGUUGUGGCCAUCUCCCAGCGCCCCACCUCCGUGGACAGUGUGCGCGAGGUGCUGGCGCCAUGGUUAUCUUCUAUCGGUUUUGAAAAUGCAAACAAUGAGUGCAAGAUUGAAUGCACGGUGCCUUGCAAGCGUUUCGAGAUCAAGUUCAGUGGCCCCAUCGGGGUCGCCCCCCGCAAAGUUGAUCGUGUCCUGGCCAACCUUCGUGAGGGUAAAGAAUGGAAAGGGUUCUGGAUCACCCCACCUGGUGAUGUGCGCCGCCGUGUCCACCUCGGCCCUGACAAGAGCCCCAGGCAGAUCAAGCAAGAAAUCACCCUCCGCAAAGCUCGUAAGUUGGUGGAAGAAGCUUGCCCUGGCAGACGUUUCUACUCCGAUCGCGAGCGCGGCGUCCUCUCGGUGGGCUGGUGGCACGUGAUCUUACUGUGCGGUCUAGCUUCUGUGGCGCAGAUGCAGGUGGCAGCAUCCGCGGGGGCGUCGCAGUCGUACUUCCUCCUCUUCACCCCGAUGCGGUCGUCCAUCCUCCUGUUCCUCUCGUUCCUGGGCGUGUUCUACGGGUUGAUAUCUCGAUGGGAGAGAUAUGCUUGCAGGUGUACAACGUGCACAAUCAUAGUCUUUCGUUGGCAGAAGUCGAUCGAGUUGCGCGUGAUAUCCGUGCUGCUCGUGCUGCGGCUGAGCGUGCACCAGACUCCCCUUGCUCCGCUGCUCGAGAUUAAGAGUGAUGCCCCAUCGCGCUACGAGCGCGCUGGGAAUGCUGAAUCGUCCAUCGAUCGCUUCUAUUGCUCGCUCUCGGGAUGGCAGAUGUGCCAGAUGGUGGCCCAGGCGUCGACCGUCGAUUCGGCUGCGUUAGUGUCGGACAGGCUCGUGUCGGAUCACGCCGCCGUGGUGAUCUCGUUCGCCCCCAGGGCUCCCAGGGUUCAGGGCCGGCGUGCUUUCCCCAAGCACAUUUUCUACGAGCCAGUGUUCAAGCAGCGCCUCGAGGGUCUCAUCGCAGCCUCCGACUGGUCCCAGAUGUCCCCGCCCGUCAAGCUCGAGCAUUACAAAAAGCUGUUGAAGAUCGCCUCGGCCGAAGUUCGUGAUCGUCUCUUUCGUGCUCGGCCUCGCCAUCCUCGCGCCCUCUCCAACUCGCACGAGCACUCGCACGAGUUGCCUGGCGGCAAGACGCUCCUCUGGCGCGUCGGCUUCAGGAAUCACAUCCCCUCGCUGGGGGUUCUCGAACAUGUCUAUUGGAUCGACAGCGGCAUUAUUCAGGGCUGCGCCCUUUCUGGCUCCUUAUUUGCGUUCAGUACGGCGGCUUUUCUCUCUGAGCUGGUCCAACUGAUUGAGCGCCCCUCGCUUGGCCUCGUGCGGGCCUGCGCGGACGACAUCGGUGGCGCGCUCUCCUCGAUCGCCGACCUCGUUCGAGUCUUCGGGGUGAUGUCCAAGGCCUCCGGUAUGGCCAACCUCACGUUGAAGGUAAGCAAGUGCAAGGUGGUCCCUCUUUGCGGGCCUCACGCUCCUGAGCUCGCCGCUCGUGUCCUCCAUGAGAUCUCCUACUGGGUCCCCGAGUGGUCCUCCUUCGAAGUGGUUGAGUGCUUGCUCUACUUGGGCGUCUGGAUCAUUCGUUGGGCACAUCUUGCCGUGGCAUCUAUCACCCGCGCUGCUUUGCUCACGUAUCCGUGCUGGGAGCCCAUCCUGUCCCGCAUGCGCGAGCAUAUUGCCUCGAGGGACACCGACGUGACGCUCGACAUGCUCCCGCACUGCCGCCUGCACACUGGCUUCUGGAAAUCCACCGCGCUGGCCGAGAACCUGGAGGCCGCUGCCCUCGGCCGUGCUCCUGAGGGCUCGGGGCUGUCCGCCCUGCUGCCCGCCGCGCUUUCUGCGGCGCGGGCCGUCCUGUCCCCCGCACUUGGUGGAGCGCGCCUCGCUCGCACCCCAAUGGCCUCCCCGUGUGGCUCGCUCUUCGAGCUCUUCCUCAAGUUCGUCCACGGCAUCGGCUACCUCUUCAUCUGCUUCCUGCAGUGCACUCUUGACCACGAUGACAGCGACUCCAGACUCCUGUCCUUUGUUGCCGCCCCGCUCGCGGAGAUGCUCUACGCAGUGCCCUGGUCAUCCCGACAGUCCUCGACUUACUCCAGUGGUAUCGCCUACGACCCCUUCGCCUCGGGCAUGCUGCCUUCUUUCGACGACUCCGAUUGCCUCGGCCUCUCCGCGACCGCCCUGCACUUCGUUGGCCUUGCCAGGGCCUUCUCUAUGCUCGCCGUGGACCCUGAGUGCUACUCCGCCGACGCCAAGUUCUGGGGGCGCCUCUCGAAUGGCUGCCACCUCGUCUCGCGUUGCCGCGGGAUGCCCGUCCUCGGCGACCCCGUGCUCCCAGAGAACGCCUCCCGCCUCGCCUGGUUCUGCGUCGUGGCGCGGCGGUACCAGCGGCCGCCGCCAGCCAGCCGCCGCUCCCAGUGUCACGAACAGCGGCCGCCGCCCAGCGGCCCACCAGAGGCCGCCGCGGCGGCGGCGGCGGCAGCGGCGGCCGCAGCGGGCGCCACGGCGGGCGCGGCGGCACCCGCGGCCGCGGCGGCCACAGCGGCGGCCGCCGCACCCGCGGCGGCCACGGCCGCCGCGGCAGGCCCCAGCGCAGCAGCGCGCGCCACGGCGCCGGUGGCCGCGGCGGCCUCGCCGCGGCCGGCCGCCGCAACGGCCUCGGCGGCCGCGGCGGCGGCGCCGCGCGCCACGCCGAGGCAGCCAGGGGCCGCCAGCAGGCCGGCCGGGCCGGCCGCGGCGGCGGCGCAGCAGGCGGCGGCGCGCCGCUGCCGCCGCCGCCGCGCCGAGCGCGACACCAUGGCCGAGAAGGCCGAGGACCGAGGGGCGGAGGCCCGGCCAGCCGCUGAGGCCCGCUUGAGCCAGAGCGGCUUGAGCCAG